AUGGAAACAGAGGAUACACUGGGCCAGCAGAGUGAUCACACCCCGAUUGACACUAAACAGAAUUGGUUACCCCCGUUCCCCAAGGAGAAUGUCACCAGCUCGACUCAAAAAGUCUUGAAAACUAGCCGCUCACUGGCUUCCAAUAGCCUUGCACCAUUUGCUUUGUUAAGAAAAUCAGCAACAGCAGGAAAUUUUACAAUUGCGAACAUUCUCAAUGUGGAGGACGAAAGCCCAAUUGGAGACGAUCCUUCCAAUGCAGAAGACUUUGCAAAAGAAGAAUUCCCAAUAAAGGACCCUAACGACCCAGUGAAUCGAAACUUGUUAAGCAUGCCAAGUGCUCAGGGAUUGUUUGAUAACUUUUUCAAGUAUCUGAAUCCGUUCACAUGCCAGUUCGAUCCUAUGCUGCAUACAAUGCGUUACGUCAGGAGUCGAUCAUCGUUCUUAUUUUCAAUACUUCUUGCCGCUGCUGCGAAGGUGUUCUCUCCACAGUUAUAUGUCAAGCUUCACGAACACGUUGAGAGUCUUUUACGAGAAAUUCUUGGUUCUGGUCAGAAAUCGACCGAAAUCGUGCAAGGAAUAUGUCUGAUAACCCAUUGGAAAGAACCCAGUGAUUCUCGAGCAUGGAUGCUUGUCGGAUAUGCUAUUCGUGCAUGUAUGGAGAUGGGAUGGCAUAAGUUGAAUCCGACGCAUCUGGAGCCUGCCGAGGAUGGCCAAGAAGGACAUACAAAGGAGAUGGAAUUGAGAGAACGGAGAAAUAGGGAACGUACCUGGCUGAUGCUGUUCGUUUACGAUCGCAGCAUGAGCCUACAGUUGGGAAGGCCAUCCAUGAUCCAUAUGGAUUCUCUGAUCCGGAACGCAGAGAAUUGGCAUCAUCAUAUGUUUGCGGUCCCGGGAAUUGAUGAAGUUAUGGUGGCCUUUGUGCAGCUGAGGAUUCUCGGAUUUGAUCUCUUGGACGUUUUCUGGUUGCACCCCGUCGCAACAACGCCACAAGCUAUUGAUAAAGAUGAGUUUAUUCUUAAGACGUUCAAUUGUGAUCUAGAUAGAUGGGAGGCAAAAUGGUAUAAAACAUUGGAUGAAGCCAACAGAUCCGUCUGCCAUCGGUUUCUUGUUCGGUUUUAUGGACACCAUUUACGUCUCUUAAUACACUCUUUUCGGCUACAGCUUUCGAUUCUUAGUGGGAAUGUUUCCAAACAGUCUCUAUGGAUCUGUUAUUCAAGUGCUCUGGAAAUGCUGCGCUUGGUUGUCAAUCGUCUUGGGACAACGUCACAUCUUUACUACUGUCAGGACUCCGUACAUGUAAUGGUUGCCUACGCAGCCGUCGUUAUUAUCAAGAUUCUACUUUCGAUGCCUGGAGUUCUUCCUAUUGAAUCGGAGAAUACCAUUCUCGACUUACUCUGCAAAGCAAGCGAAGAUUUUGGCCGCCAAUGUUCCGCAAUCAAUACCAGCUGCUUCUUUCAAAGCAGAUUUCUUGCCAAUGUAGUAGCACAAUAUCGCAAAUCAAAAGCCAAAGCAAACGCCAUGGCCGGCAAUCUGAUCAAAAAGCAACACGAUGGACAACACAUCGAAGAUUUAUAUAUGAGAUCUGCAACGCAUUCACAACCACCACAUCUACUCCAGCAUCCUCAAAAACAACAAUCCCAGACGCAGUCUCCGCUCCACUCUCUUCCGUCGUCACACUAUCCUGACUCACAGGCACAUAUGUCCAAUGACAUGUCCCCAAUGUCCAACGCACCUUCGAACUUGCAAGCCACACCGUUACACAACCCCCUUUCUCAACUGAAUUCUCACGCUUCUCAGCCCGACAGCAGCCAAUUAACCGCCUCUUUACUCCAUGCCGCAACGACGGCCACAACAACUCCGAUGCAAAGCAUCAACAAUCACAACCUAAAUCCAAGCCUAGCUGGUAUUUUAGGCUCGGACGCCACUCCUUCCGCCGUUAUGGCCGGAAACAACGGCUAUCAGUCAUUUAUAACGAUGAACGAAGCACUGAGCCAUGACGGUGGUGGUGCUCAUACUUAUCCGUUCGCUUCCUUUACGGACAAUGGUGCUUGGGAAAAUCUUUUUGCGCAUGCUGGAUUCAAUAUAAACAGUGGUGCAUUCCUACCGAACUUGGAGGAAAAUUAA